AUGACUCAAGAUGCCGGAGGCAUUGGUUUCCGGAUACAUAAGGUUAUGGAAACAAAAGGUACCGGGAUGAGCGAAAAUUCCGAAUCUGUUGUGGACAUAACUGCAGAGGAAACUUUUAUUCCAUCUACAGCAAAGUCAGCAAAGUCGGUGAACAAUGGAAAUGGUGAUACCGCCGAACGAAACAAGUUCAACAAUGCGCCACCGCCAGCCCAUUCGAACACGGCACAGCCUGCUUGGGUGGACCAAUUGAUGAUCCGUAUAAAUGAUCUCGACGUAAAAAUCUCUAAAAUUGACAAAGUAAGUAACGAUUUGAGUUAUUUAUGUGACAAGAUCGAAACUGUUCAGAAUAGGGUCAGUCAUUUGGAGAAAUUCACAGGAAAUAUGGGGAACACGAUAGGGGAAAUCAGAAAAGCACAAGAUCACCUAAAAGUUGAUAUGAAAGAUACAAUGAAAGAGGUUAAAGAAUUGAGACUUGUUAACGAACAGUUACAAAGUAAAAUUACAGAUCUCCAGGCACGUAGCAUGAGGGACAACUUGCUCUUUUUUGGACUCGCAGAGUAUAGAGGUCAUGGAAGAGAAAACUGUGUCAACAUUAUUAAUGACUUUUGUGAAACAGAGUUAGGUGUUUCUGGGGUAUUUGAAAAUAUCGAAAGAGCUCAUCGCUUAGGAAAGUUUGACAGAAACAGAACCAGGCCAAUCGUCGUUAAAUUCUCUAGUUUUCGAGUCAGGGAGAACAUUAGAAGCAAUGCAUUCAAGGCUAAAAAUAGUAAUUUCAGUGUACGUGAGCAGUUCCCAAAAGAAAUUGUUCAGAAGCGAAAAUCACUCAUCCCAGUCAUGGAGAGAGCAUUGAGGAACAAUAGGAGGGCCGUGCUUAAAGUCGAUAAGCUCUUCAUUGACGGCAAGUUGUACGUGGCACCAAACGAAGUCGAUAUGGACGAGGAUCAACAGACCGUGGAGACACAAAUCGAGGUGUCUGGAGGCGAUGAUGAGACCUAGGGGCGCGCGGAGAGUGAUUUUGUUAAAAUAAUUAACUGGAACAUUAAUGGAGGGUUUGCCUCUAAAUUUAAUGACACUAAAUUCAAAUGUUACAUUCUUUCGUAUGAUAUAAUUUUAC